CUUUACUUUUCCCUCCUUCCUCAAGCUCGAAACCAACUAUUAUCUCUGCCGCCUUCAUAUGAUCAAGAUUUUCUACUAAACCUCAAAAAUAUCAUUUUUUUUUUCCAUUUAUGAAAGCCUCUUUUAUUACUUUUUUAGCUUAAUUCUCAUCUGGGUAUCUGUUAAAUUUGUAAAAUUUUCAUCUUUGUUAGUUUCCUAUAUCGUGGAAAAAAAAUUAUUUUGUCCUUUUCUCAUCUGGGUAUCAAAAAUUUAAGUUUUUUCUUCUAAAUUUUUCAUUUUUUUUGGCUAGGGUUGAUAUGAAUUGUGAAAAUUUCAUCUGGGUCAAGUGUAGAUUUGUCUCUAUUGAAACCUUUAUUGAAAUAUAAAGUUUGUUAAUUUUUUUUAAGUGGCAAUGUUGAUUAAUAGAAAAAUUUAAGUUUUCUUUAAAUUUACAGUUUUUUUGCUAGGGUUGAUAGUAAUUGUGAAAAUUUUAUCUGGGUCAAGGUUGGAUUAAUCUUUAUUGAAAGAUUUUUAAUGAUUUUGUGGUGGCAAUGUUGAAUAGUAGAAAAAAUUAAGUUUUCUUGAAAUUUACAAUAUUUUUUUUGCUAGGGUUGAUAGUGAUUCUUGAAAAUUUCAUUUGGGUCAAGUUUAGAUUGGUCUUUGUUGAUGCCUUUACUGAAAUAGAAAGUUUGUUUAUGAUUUUUGGGGGGCAAUGUUGACUAAUUUGGAAGAUGGGGGGAAGAAUGUUUCAGAAGUUUCUAGAGGGGGUAAUGGUAGGGGUGGGGUAACUAGGUCAUGGGGUACUACUGUUUCGGGUUCGGGUCAAUCGGUUUCUACGAGUAGUAGUAUCGGGUCACCAUCGAGUAGAAGUGAGGCAGCUAUGGUGGCAACACCUGCUAGUGAGAAUACUUUUCUUAGGUUGAAUAAUCUUGAUAUUCAUGCUGAUGAUGCUGGAUCUCAAGGGGCAGCUGGUAACAGGAAAAAGAAGAGAGCUCAGCGUGCAACAGGAGGGGAUAAGAGUGGUAGAGGACUCAGACAGUUUAGCAUGAAAGUUUGUGAGAAAGUUGAAAGCAAAGGGAGAACUACGUAUAAUGAGGUUGCAGAUGAACUUGUAGCUGAGUUUUCUGAUGCUCCCAAUGGUCUUGCAUGUCCAGAUCAGAAACAAUAUGAUGAGAAGAACAUCAGACGACGAGUCUAUGAUGCUCUGAACGUACUUAUGGCUAUGGAUAUCAUUUCUAAAGAUAAAAAGGAAAUACAGUGGAAGGGUUUACCACGAACUGAUGCUAACGAUAUUGAGGAGCUAAAGACUGAGCGUCUUAGCUUGAGAAAUAGGAUUGAAAAGAAAGCAGCCUAUUUAGAAGAACUAGAAGAACAAUAUGUAGGGCUUCAAAACCUCGUAAAACGCAAUGAGCAGUUAUAUGGCUCAGGCAAUGCUCCUAGUGGUGGUGUGGCUUUACCGUUUAUUUUAGUGCAGACUCGUCCUCAUGCUACAGUCGAAGUGGAAAUAUCAGAAGAUAUGCAGUUGGUGCAUUUCGACUUCAACAGCACUCCGUUUGAGCUACAUGACGAUAAUUAUGUCCUCAAAGCAAUGAAAUUUUGCGGAAGUAGACCAAAAGAUGGUGUUGUCGCACAGAAUGUAUCUGCUGAUAGAGGCGAAGGUUCCAGUUCCAGUAUGGCCAACAUGUUUCAGCAUCAAAUCUCUCAUCCAUCAGUGCCAAACACAUCUGGUAGGCUUCCGACCUCACCUCCUCUCCCCGGAAUACUAAAGGCCCGCAUCAAGCACGAGCAUUAGUCUCUGCCGGAUUCAAUCUUGAUCAAUUGCUAGACUCAUUAACUUAUAAUACCUCUGUACAUUAUGUAAAGUAGUUUUACUGGAAGCAGCCUCGUCUGUCCACUGAUAACUUCUUUAGAUCCUUUUGUCUCAUUUGGAGAGGAUCAGUAUUAGAUUUUUGAUUUUGCUUUCAGAACAUUUGGUGGAUCUUCAGUUAAGAUGGUUUCUUAGCUAAAUAUUAAUUGUUCAAAUUGAUGUCUGUUAUGGCAAAUGAAACUACAGCCUGUUUGGACAUACAA